UUCUUUGAACCAAGAAGUAACCUUAGUUUAGAUAUUUUGAUAGGAACUCACCAUCUACAUCUCCUCAUUGCCAAAUGGAACUAUGCAAUGGUUUUCAAGUGCUACUUCUAUAUAGCUUGCUUGCAAAGACUUUGUUUCCCAAUGCCAACUAAAUGAGGGGGUUUCUUUUGCCUGAAAAACCUUAACUCCACAUUCGCAACGAUAACAUGAGACAAAUUGAUAUCUCAAACAAUCAAGGAAACCCUAUCAAAAGUACACCUUUAUGCACUUUAUCCUAAUAAGAAAAACAGAUAAAAGGAAAAAAUUAAAUGAGAAAGAAAAAAUCUUACCAACUGUGACCUCAAUCAACAACAAAGUGAGACCACAGUAAUGACGCCGAAGACUCCACGCCAUGGCGACGAGGAGGCGUUGCAGCAGCAGCGGAGGUUGAAGGAGGAUCGGUGACGCACAACACCGGCGGAGAACAAUGGGGAAGUCUAGGCACGGAGGGCAUGAGUUGUGCUCUCACCACUUGCCUGUGGCGGCAGAUGUUGUCCAAGAGAUAGGAAGGUAUGCUCCAACCUCCAGGCUACGACACAGGAAAACCACGCUCAAGGAACCGGGACCAGCAGAUUGGCGGAAGAGCACCAUUAAAGUUUCCCCGUGCGGCCACUGCGCCUCUAACGACGCAGCCGUCCGAGCCAAAGCCUGGCGAGGGCAAGCGCGCAGCUUCUCCCCGGGUGAGCUUAUCGAAGCCUGCAAGAAGAUAAUCGGCAGCUACGAGAAGCGGGCUGCGCCUGGAGAAACUCCCGACGCGUAUGCCGAUGUGUUCCUGCCUCUCUACAACGUGGUCCACCCCUACGACAUUGUUCUCGUCAAGCAGGUUCUGUUUGGGUACUGCAGGUACCAGAGGCUAAUCAACGCGUUUCUGAAGCAUUUCUGCGCCGUGAGGGCGACCUCAUUGAGCGCCGAGGAUGCGCUUCUGUACAAGGCCUUGACGUAUCUGGCGGUGUUCCGCCUGGAUGAGCUCAAGUGGAGUGAGUUUCGGCGGCUUUGUUCCAGCCAAGUCCCAGUGAAGGUCCUGCCUUUCAUACAAGCACUGUUCCUGGAAGAGCUCAUAAUUUCUUACUCCAAAGAAGACUGGCUCAAGCUUUACGAUGGCGUGUUUGUCAACGAUCUUCUUCGAGGCCUGCGGCUGUUCCACCAAGAAGCUCAAGCUUAUGCCGAAACGUUAGCGGAGGCUGUGUAUGAACCAGAUGAGGAUCUGCGUUACAUUCCUCCUCCGACGACAGUCAUUCCUUUCAAUCUCUCUGUCAGCAAUUACACGCAUCCUGUGGAAGUUGAACCGGAGCCUUUCAUAUACAGAGCAAAGCCGGCUCCAGUCUGGGACAAAGGCCGCACGUUAGAGAUGAAACGUGUGUCUCAGGUAUUUAAGCUUAAUCGGACAUUGCUGAGGGAGAAGUACUCGGACCCCAGGUAUCAACCCUUCCGCUUACGAACUCUGGAGAGGCCCACAAACCUUGAAACUGUUCGGGAAGAGGUUGAGACGAAGAGGGCCAAGGAAUGUGAGUACAUUGUUCCCAAAUCAGGACCAGUUCCAAGUAUGCCGGAGAUUGAGGUCAAGUUAACCACGGCUGCUUUGCUACGAGAACACUCAAGAUUUCAGAAAAUAAUCGACUCGGACAAGCAGAAACUGCAAAAUCUGGAGAGGGAGCUCCGAGACGAUUCCCACAUGAAAGCAUACGAAAAUGAAAUGCGAAUCCAACAAGAGAUCGAACACUGCAUGGAUGUUGAGUUUAAGAAGGCCACCGUGAUAGCCUCUGAUCAAGCGGCCCGAGACUCCAAAAAGAAGCAUCUGUGCAUGAAUUGGGCGGCCGCGAGUGUCACCAAGGAAGAGAAGAAGAGGAUCCACCAUGAGCAUGCAAUGCUGCUGAAGAACAUCCGCUUUGCCAACAGAUUCAGGCAUCACUUGAUCAAGGAGGAGGAGAAGGUUAACAAGGUGAAGAGAAACGUGAUUUUCAAUGAGAAGAAAAAUAUGGUUAAAAAACUAAACGCGGAAUCAGAGGAUAGACUUGCGGUAGCCGCCCUACAACGUGCUCGGGAGUACCAAUGCAAACAAGAGCUUGUUCGACAGCUCCACGUACGCUUCCUUUCUUAUCAAAGUCGCCCACAUGCGAUGCUGUUAAACUUUUUGCCGUCGGUAUUGUCAUGGUUCAUAUUAUUACAACGGUGGGUUUGGCAAAGCAGUUUUUGGAGAAGGAAUCAUGCUAUCAAAUUCCCAAGUUCGACAUCGAUUCCACGGGAGGCCACGGGACAUUGUCAGAGAUGUCGAUUGCGGAGCUGCGCCACCGCCUACGCCUCGCCAAGCUGCAGCGCCUCCAAGACCAGCAGCGCAAGCACCGUGAUGUCCAAGACAAACUCGCCACCAAGCGCCAAAAGCUGCACGCUACCGCACGAAUGGUGUCGCACAUGCGGCAAGUGACUCGAGCACAGUAUCUGAGCAGGAAAGCUCACGAGCGCCGCAAAGAGCAGCCCUCGAUCGACGUUGCCAACCAACUCGGCAUGUAACUAACAACAACAACAACUCCAAACUCCAAACUCCAACUGCUCCGCCAUGGCCAUCUUCCUCAAACCCUAAUUACCCAUGGAUUAUUGGGGCUUCGUUCCCGUGUGCAUUUGCGAUAACUAAAGCUAGAAUUUCAUGAGAAGGUGGACAAUCUCUCCAACUGGUUUUCAUCUCUUGUUGUUUUUGUUUUUGUGGGUUUCAAUUACCACUUCGAAUGCACAAAUUCUAAUGUAUAUAAAUAUAAAUAUAUACAUACAUGAAUUAUUACACUUA